AUGGUCAGCGCUGCUCCUCACUACCAGUACGCUUCGUACAACGGUGGCCACAAUGUUGAGUCCACCAACGAGAACAAGCUCAUCGACGCCUCCGAUCUCGACCUUGGCAUCGACAUUCUCAAGCGCACCGACUACAGCGCCUGCAAGAAGUACGUCUCGUCGUACAACGGUGGUCACAACGUCUACUCGAUCAACGAGAACAAGCUCAUUGAUCUCAGCGAUGCCACCGUCAACCUCAGCCUGCUCACCAACAACGGACGCAAGGUCAAGACAUGGAACAAGGCUCCUCGCUACUGUCUCGAGUACAUCAAGAGCUACAACGGCGGCCACAACGUCAUUGUCGACAACGAGAACAAGCUCAUUGACCUGUCCGGCCUCAACCUCGGCAUCGACCUUCUCAAGCGCAAGGCUCCCGAGUUCUCGUACUACAACGGCGGCCACAACGUCGAGUCCACCAACGAGAACAAGUUGAUCGACCUUUCGGACCUCACUGCCAACGUCGACAUCCUUGACGGCAUCAUCGGCAAGCGCGGCGACAAGUACUCUUACUACAACGGUGGUCACAACGUCGAGUCCGACAACGAGAACAAGCUGAUCGAUGCCUCUGGUCUUGACCUCGAUGUCGGCAUCCUUGACGGCAUCCUCCGCAAGCGUAAGGCUCCCGAGUUCUCGUACUACAACGGCGGACACAACGUCGAGUCUACCAACGAGAACAAGCUCCUCGACCUCUCUGACCUGACCGCCAACGUCGACAUCCUCGACGGCAUCCUCCGCAAGCGUGGUGCCAAGGUCACGUCGUACAACGGCGGUCACAACGUCGCCUCGACGAACGAGAACAAGCUCAUUGAUCUCUCGGACCUCACCGCUCUCAUCAGUGUGCUCAGCAGGCCCUCGCGCAUCCACAAGCGCAAGGCUCCCGAGUUCUCUUCCUACAACGGUGGCCACAACGUCGAGUCUGACAACGAGAACAAGCUGAUCGACCUUUCGGACCUCACUGCGCUCGUCAACGUUCUCAGCAAGAGGAGCGUCAAGGGCUACGGAUCGCAGAUCCACGCUCGCGACAUCGCGGAGGACCUUUACCGUCGCACCAACGACGAUGAGGACUGCACCUGUGUUAAGAAGACCAAGCCUACUCCUCCCAAGCAGACUGCCACCAAGCCUCCUGCAUCUGACUGCGACGCGCCUACUACUCCUGCCCCCGCUGUGAACACGCCCAAGCCCAAGCCUCACCACCACCACCCCAAGCCUACGCCUUCGACCUCGACCUCGACUACCACCGUUACCCCUCCUGCCAAGGAGACUCCCAAGGCACCUGCACCUUCUCCCAAGCCAUCGGACAAGCCUGCUCCUCCCGCACCCAAGCCUUCGGACAAGCCCGCUCCCCCUGCCAAGGCCACCUGCGGUGACGACGAGGUCUACGUCGACGAGGGCCACAACGUCGUCUCCACCAACGAGAACAAGCUCCUCGACCUCUCCAACAUCACCAUCAACAUCGGUCUCCUCGAUGGUCUGUUCGGUGGAAAGAAGACCAAGGAGGUACCUGCCGACUCAACCUGCACCGCCAAGGAGGGCUGCUGCGUUUCCAAGUCGGUGUACUACUACAACGGUGGACACAACGUUCAGUCGACCAACACGAACACGGGUAUCGACCUGGGCGGUCUCAACCUCGGUCUCGACAUCCUCUAA